AUUAUUUAUCUUCUUCGAUUCAUUGUAGAGAAAAGAUUUAGUUCUGAAAUGGAGACAGCGAUAAGCUUUCCACGUAGAGUAUUCCGAGGAUCUCAUGGUAGAUACCUCAGAUCUUUCAUUUAGUCGAAAAGCAUACUUGUGAGACGUACAUCAGUGAUUUUUUCAUCCUCAAAAUGUUCAGUAAACAGCGUGAAAAUAUAUUUGAAAGUGAGGACAGUAGUGAUGACGAAAUCUAUAACUAUUGUUCGAAAUGCCCAAAAUCACCCCAAAUGUAUUUGGAAUGUUUUAACAAAUACUAUGCAUAAUGUAAUAUUUUAUCCAGAAUAUAAAUUAAGAAAAGGUAUGGUAUAAUGUGUUUUUAAUAUUUUUAUGUUGUGUAUUCUAUAUAUAAUAUCCUAUAUUUAAUUAACUCGAACAAGAAGAACGUCACCCAUACUUUGGUGAUGGGGUCCCCACGGAAGUAUACCCGUCACAUAGCUAUGGGUGACGUUGCGACGAACGUGUUAAAGAUCAAAAAUAUUUUGUCUACGAUUGCAUGUUUGCAAAAUUUCCUAUAUUUAUAGUAGUUGUACUUCAUGACAUAACGAAAUGUUCAUUUCUAUACUUAAAACAAUUAGAAAAUCAAAUAGAUUUUACAUUUCAUACUUGGAAAAAUUUAAAUUUAAAUUAAAAUUUAAAAUUUUAUAAAUCACGCUUUAACAUGAUACAUGUUGCUUAUUGAUCAAACAACUUAUCCAAAGUAAGUGUACUUUAUUAUAUUUCAAGAAUGCAUACGUUUGUGUAUAGACUUAUUUUUUGUGCAAAAAUUACAGAUUGUGAGAAUAUAGUAGAAGUAUUUGAUAAUUCAAUAAAGAAAAAUAUUACACAACAUAUUACAGGAUUACUGCUUGUUUAUUCUGAUUUUGUGAUUCAUUUAAUCGAAUCUUUAGAAGAUGAUGGAUUUCGACUGUGUCACGAAGUACUUAUUAACAAUUCCGGCAUAAUGACGGAUAUUAAAUGUUUGUACGUACAAAAUGAUGCAAACAAAAGAUUUUUUAAGAAAUGGUAUUUCCAGAGAAUGAAUGAUGAUGCAUUAAAGAAUGACGAAUUAGAAAAACUUGAGGAUAAUUUUGAAAAUAUUUGCUCUAUAUAUGAAGUAAUAAUUUUAAAUUUGUUUAAAUUGUAUAUUGAGUUAUGGAAUAAAUGGAAAUUAGAGAAUUAUGAAAAUUUUAAUGAAUAUUUGGAUUUAAUAGCUGUAAACGGUCAUUUGAACAUUCCAUCCAGGGGGAGUAUAAAAUUUGUACUUCAAAGUGUCUGGGGAUAUAACUUAACAUCACUGGUAAAGAAUUAUUAUAGUUUAAACUAUGCCUCCAAUUUUGAUGAUUAUUCGUCAGUCUCCGAAAUAAUACAAGAAAUUAAUUAUAAUUAUAACAAAUAAGUUUGGGAAAUGUUAAUUAUAUAAUAAAAUAUACGUCGAAAGAAAAUUGUGAACUAUAUAUCUCAAUAAAUUCUUAGUUAAAUAUA